GAGAUGGGUCUGCUGUGGAAAUUGUGAGCUUGUGUAAAUCUGUUGUUCGUUGGUUGCUGGAAUUAUCCAAAAAAAAUAUUUUUCCUUAUCAUGAAGUUAGAGUAAAAAGACAUGGGAAAGUUGUAACAGUCUCAUAUGAAGAAUGGAACAGAAAAAUACAAGACAACUUUGAAAAACUGUUUCAUGUUUCAGAAGAUCCUUCUGAUUCUAAUGAGAAGCAUCCAAAUCUAGUUCACAAACGUGGCAUAUACAAAGACAGUUAUGGAGCUUCAAGUCCUUGGUGUGACUACAAGCUCAGGCCUAAUUUUACCAUAGCAAUGGUCGUGGCCCCUGAGCUGUUUACUACAGAAAAAGCAUGGAGAGCAUUGGAGAUCACAGAAAAGAAAUUACUUGGUCCCCUUGGUAUGAAAACUUUAGAUCCAGAUGAUAUGGUUUACUGUGGAAUAUAUGACAAUGCCUUAGACAAUGACAACUUCAAUGUUGCUAGAGGUUUCAAUUAUCACCAAGGACCUGAAUGGCUGUGGCCUGUUGGAUAUUUUCUUCGUGCAAAGUUAUAUUUUUCCAAAUUGAUGGGUCCAGAGUGUAGUGCAAAGACAAUGUUUUUGGUUAAAAAUGUUCUUUCUCAAUAUUAUGUUCAUCUUGAGAGAUCCCCUUGGAAAGGACUUCCAGAACUGACCAAUGAGAAUGGCCAGUAUUGUCUUUCAGCUGUGAGACACAAUCCUGGUCAAUUGAUGUUUUCUUGAAACACUUUAUGGUUUGUAGUUGGUUCAGAUAUA